CCUUCUAUUUGGCCUUUUGGCCUUUGGCCCUUCUUUCACCUGCUCAAGAUCCCACAAGGUAGACUCCAUGGGAAUCCUUUCUUGGCCAGGCGGAAUAGCCUUGCAGCCUCAAAGCCUGGCCGUUUUCUUCUUAUGGGAACCCUUGUUUGGGAUCUUUUUCGCCGUGUGUCAUGGCUUGGAGAACACAACGUCAGCUUCCAAUGGGGUGCCCGUGGCGGCGGCCGUGAGGUCCCACUUUGACACGUGUCCGGACGCCCACAGCCAGUUCUGUUUCCACGGCACUUGCAGGUUCCUGGUGCAGGAGGAGAAGCCGGCGUGCAUUUGCCCCACUGGUUAUGUUGGGACGCGGUGCGAGCACGCCGACCUGCUGGCGGUGGUGGCCGCCAACCACACGAAGCAGACCAUCACGGCGCUGGCCGUGGUCUCCGUGGUCGCAUGCGCCAUGCUCAUUACGGUCUGCGUCCUCAUACAUUGCUGCAAAAUCCGGAAACAUUGCAGCGGGUGCCGGACGGCCGUCUGCCGGCAAGAAAAGCCCAACGGACUCCUGAAGGGAGGCUCAUCCUGCUGUCACUCGGAAACAGUUGUCUGACAGACAGAGGCCCGUCCUGCCGAGAUUCAUCUCACCGUUCGGAGAGAACGCCGCUCAUCUCACCAAACGCCGUCCGUAUUCCAAAGACUUUAAUGUGGAUUAAUAUUUAUAUUAUUGUGGAUUAUAUUAUAUGAUUUCGAAAAGGAGUCUCCCGGGGAUUUGCAUCGUAAUGUCGGCAAAGCGGACUCCACUCCGAGGCUCUUUGGGGAAAAGCAACAGGAAACGACAGGAAACGAGGCCGAAAGCUUAAAAUUUACGCCUCUCCAAAGAACGAAUGCACUUUGACGUGGAGCAUGGACACAUCGCUUUGGGGUUGGUCCUCUUUCGUGAGAAUAUUUUGGAGACGGGACUUUGGACUCAAAAAACGGAGAUCCUCCCACAAAAGAGAUCGACUUUGGAUGUCCGUCAGCAUUCUUGCAAAGCAACGGAAAGCAACCUUGCAGAUCUUCAGAUCAUUUCCAAAAUACGGACACUUUUGUAUAUUUCGGUCACUUGUUUUUGGAGAUCGACAAGCUCAAAUGCAAUGGCGUUUGGGAUUCCGAUGGAAGAAAAACAAGUCAAGGAUCGGAUCGUUUCCAAAAUGGGGACACUUUUGUAUAUUUCGGUCUCUUGUUUUUGGAGAUCGACAACCUCAAAUGUGAUGCCGUUUGGGAUUUCGAUGGAAGAAAACGGAGUCAAGGAUCGGAUCGUUUCCAAAAUACGGACACUUUUGUAUAUUUCGGUCGCUUGCUUUUGGAGAUCGACAACCCUAAAUGCCAUGCCGUUUGGGAUUCCUUUGGAAGCAAAAAGACUCCUUUUCCUUGACUCCGGAUGCGGAAAGGCUGCCAAGGCUGCGGAAACGUUAGACGGAAAAGAUAUCGAACCGUUCCGUUUGUUAUUCCUCCCAAAGUUCUCCAAGGUGAUAAGGAAAUCCUCCUUAAUCCCGGUCCUUAAAUCCGAAUGGCACGCCUGGGAUUUCUGGGCUUUGUGUUUCUCUUGGUACCACCAUCCUCUCUUAUCCCGGUGGAUUCUUUGCUUUGCUCCUCCUUUUAGUUUUAAAGCCUGGGCUGGAUUCACCGCUCGUCCAUGCGCUUUCCAUGCGCUUUAAAUAGGAAAGGAAUCGGAUGGAGAGAGGAGGCCAUAAGCAGAUGUUUGGAUGGAAAAACCCCAUCCACUCUUUUUCAAAUUGGCAGAACAAUUAAUUUAAUUCUCUCCCUCCCUCUCUAUUUAUAUCAAGGUGUCCAGAUGGAAAUUUCUUCUGUUUGCAUACUUUUCCCAAUGCAAAAACCACCCUUUGGGGCAAGUUCUCUUAAUUAAAAACCCAUUGUUUUGGGGGUUUUUAUUGCACCCAAACCUGGUGCAAAUUAAGAGAAAUAAUAUUAAGGACCCAUUGUUUUGAGGAUUUUUAUUGCACCCAAACCUAAUGCAAAUUAAGAGAAAGAAUAUUAAGGACCCAUUGUUUUGAGGGUUUUUAUUGCUCCCAAACCUAAUGCAAAUUAAGAGAAAUAAUAUUAAGGACCCAUUAUUUUGAGGAUUUUGAUUGCACCCAAACCUGGUGCAAAUUAAGAGAAAUAAUAUUAAGGACAUGGUCAGUUUGGCUUCUUGCUUCGUUUCUAAUUCCUGCUUUAAUUAGACUUUUGUUUGAAACUGAAGUUUACUUUUGAGUCUCAGCUCUCUUCUUGCACGGUCCUCCUUGGUGUGUUUUGACUGCAAAGCCCAUCAUCCCCAGUAAUGCCUGGACUUCUUGAUGGGAGAUUAUAGGAGUUGGAGUCUUGGAGGAAAGAGGAGAAAUCCCAGAUCCCAUUUCCAGGGAAUCGUACAGGAAAAAUGUGAUUUUUUUUUUUUGGAGAAAACUAUAAAGUUGGAGCAAAGCAAUGUUGGAAACAUCCUCUCUAUUUUCUGCAAAAUGCCCUGUCAAUUUAGUACGGAUUUUUUAACGUUCGGUCCGAAGACAACUUCACUCCUUUUUAAAAACAAUAGCAAAAUUAUGGCACUCGUUUUGCUUGCUUUUAACACAAUUUUUGCACCUUUCACUGCUGUUUAAAAUAGUUUUCCAAACUUUCCGUCAUUUUGACCGUGAUCCACAAAACGGGGCCGAAAACGGACCUGUUCGACUUCUGAAAUGAUCGAUGUAGAUUUAUUUUCACUCCAAAAGUAGAGUUUUUGCAGGUUUCCAGGUUGGACUUGGCUCGGUUUCGGGAUCGAAAACACUUUUUCCUUCCAGUUUUCCCAACUGAAGUUUAUUUCCAGUCCAAGCGACACGCUUCGUUCUCCCAAUCCUGUAUAUCUUGUUGCACUGAACGUUCAUAUUUAAUGUUUUUAAUUUAUUGCGUGGUUAAAUUAAUUGGAUUCCUGUACAAACAUUUCCCCGACUGGCCCUCAUCUCCUUACCUUUUCAUGCCGACCUUAAGAGCUAUUUAAAUGAGUGAAAUACACUUUUUCGUAAUACUUUUCAAUAUGUUUGCUUUUUAAAGGGGAGGGGGUAAAAGGAUCUAAAUAUUAAAUAUAUUAACCUUUCCGUACAA